GGCCUGAUGUCCGUGGUGAGCUCUAGGCUAGCCUGGGCUACACAGGGAAACCUUGUCUCAAAACAAAACAAGAAAGCAAACGUGCAGAACGGCUCUCUAAAGCAGUGAACUUGAAGGGUGGCCGCAGCCUUGGCUACCAUCCUGUGGCUUGUAAACUCCUCCCCAGGGGUCCUGUCCCCAAGGCAGCCUUCCUCCUGUAUCCCUUGUUUUGUAGGCUUGAGGGGACAAACAGGGCUGUGUCUCCUGCCCUGGAGACAGUGGUGCUUUGUGGCCCCGGCAGUUGGUGGGGGCUGUAGGCGUGGUAUGUGCCCUGGGGAGGCCAGAUGUCACCGUGGGCCGUCAUGGGCUCUGCCUGCCAUGGGGCUUGUGCAGGGGCAGCCAUGGUAACACCAGGCUCCCAGGCAUGCCUGGCACCAUUCUCCCUUCCUAGUCUUAGGGCUCUGAGGGGCACCUGUGGUUCUCAGGAGCCCACAGAGCCAUGCAGUGUUAACCUGGGCAGGCCGGGUGAGCACAUUAGUCAUUGCAUAGAGCAUUCCCAGGGGCGGGUGGACGCCAGCGGGGGAGGCAGGGUGUGGGGUGUGAUGCUGGGUAAUGUCAACAAGCCCACUACAGACAGCCCUGCUGCCACACACACACACACACACACACACACACACACACCCGUGGUUGGCUUGGUGCUCGGUAGGGAACUCAGGGUUUUGUGUGGCAGGCAGGUUCCUGCCACGUUGAGCCCCAGCCCCCUCCCUGGGGGUGCUCUGAUGAUCGUUCUGAGCCCUCGUGAAGGAUGUGGGUGCCUAAUCAUUGCCCAUAGGUUGGCACGGUGGGCCGGGGAGGUGGCGACCCCGCCGAGCUCAUGACUUGAGGACUGAGUAGCAGAGAACUGGGUGGCAGGUGGUGUGUGUGCGAAUCCUGCUGUGGGGCUGCCGUCCUCCUCGGGUCUGGCGCCCGCCAUCUUGCCCUGGCUAGCUGUGACUCCAGAGCAACGAGAAGCAGUGUCUGAGGGCCACGAGGGUCCCCUCCCUGCAGCCUCGCCUCCCGCAGCCUCUCCGAGCCUGGCUCUGCUCCUGUGUAUCGCAGGUGGCAGUGGUGUUGGCUGUCGGCUCAGGCUUCAUUGCGGUGCUGGCACAGCAAAGCUCAGGUGCCAUGGAUUGGCAGGUUCCCAGGCUAGCCCACUGCAGCAGGAGGUGGGGCACCUUAGGCAGGCCGUACCCCGGAGCACAAGUCCAGAGUGGAAUGGGUCAUGGCCACAUGCCUGCCUUGUUUGGCAGGGUCUGUAUUCUUGGGGUGCAUCUUAGGUCUGCUGCUUUUUUCUGGGGAUAGAGAAGAUUGAGGUGAGGUCUUGCCCUGUAGCUCUGGCUGGCCUCCAGCUCACAGCCAUCCUCCUGCCUCUGCGCCACAAGUGCUGGGAUGACAGGUGUGUGCUACUGGGUGUAUGUCUGGCUCUGGUCUUUGACCCCUCAGUUGACCAAGGUGGGCAUGUCCCCUAGCAGCCAUGGGGUCAGCUGUAUUGAGUGUGAGGUUUAUGCUUUUCUAGGGGUGGUCCUGCACCCCACCCCCACCCCGUCACUGUGUAGAAAAGGGGACAUUUAGCAGCUUGGAAUGAUGUUGGAAUGAUAUUGCCCAUCAGCCCUGGGGCCAUAGCCAGGAGCUGCGUGUGCUGUGGCUGCAUCCUCUGCCGGUCUCACCUAGGCGAAGUCGAGGGUCCCGUGGGGCUGUUCUCACAUGGACUGGACAAGGCAGGUCCACCCCGCACACUGCGGGCAGGAUUCUGUCUCUCCUGACUGUAGGCCCGAGGUCUUGAAGCCAGCCAGAGCUGUCAGCAGCCCAUGCCAGACCUGUGACCUCUGGAGGCAGAUAGAGUAGCAGUUGUGGGUGGCCACAGGUUUGUUUAGGGGCCGAGGACUGGGUAUGUCUUUCAUGGUUUUUCUUUUUGUUUGUUUUUUGUCAGAAACCAAGUUUUGUGUAGCCCAGGUUGGCCUGAUCCCCGGGCCUACACCUGGGAUGGCAGGUGUUGCCCCUGGGCCUGGUUUACACGGGGCAGGGGCUGGAAGCCGGGCUCUGUGCAUGCUGUGGGGUGGGUUCUCGAUUUGAUGGUCAUGGAUGCCUGUCUGCACACUGCCCUCCACACGGCGUCGGUCGGUGGGGCAUGCGGACUCGUUAGGGCCCUCAGGAGCCCUCAGGAGCCCGGCAGGGUUAGUCCUUGUGCAGCCCGGGGUCAGCGGACUCUGCCUGGCGCUCUGGAUUCGUCGUUCCGGGGUCUCGCAGGACCCACACAUCCCAGGACAGACCCCCGACCCACUGAAGCUGACGGAUGACACUCCAGUCCCAUCUCUGUCUUCCACAGUCGACCCCCACUGAGGAUGGAGCCCUCCUGGGGCCUCGCAGAGCAGCCUGGGCCUGGGAAGGCUGGAAGUGAGGAGCGAGAGCCGGCGCAGUGGCAGGCCCUCCCUGUCCUGUCGGAGCAGCAGUCGGGGGCCGUGGAGCUGGUGCUGGCCUACGCCGCGCCUGUCCUGGACAAGCGCCAGACGUCCCGCCUGCUGCGGGAGGUGUCCGCCGUCUACCCGCUUCCUGCCCAGCCCCACCUCAAGCGGGUACGCCCCAGCCGCAGCGCCGCCGGCGGCGCCCACGCGUCAGAUCUGCUGCUGUGCCUGGCGGGGCCCUCAGCAGGCCCGCGCUCGCUGGCCGAGCUCCUCCCCAGGCCGGCCGUGGACCCGCGUGGCCUGGGCACACCGUUCCUGGUGCCCGUGCCCGCCCGGCCGCCGCUCACCCGGAGCCAGUUUGAGGAGGCGCGGGCCCACUGGCCCACGUCCUUCCACGAGGACAAGCAGGUGACCAGCGCGCUGGCCGGGCAGCUCUUCUCUGCGCAGGCGCGAGCGGCCAUGCAGAGCCACAUGGAAGAGGCCGUGUGUGCCGCCCAGAGGGCAGCUGCCCAGGGCCUGCGGGCAGUGGGCGCUGUGGUGGUGGACCCAGCCUCGGACCGCGUGCUGGCCACAGGCCAUGACUGCAGCGGCCUGGCCAGCCCCCUGCUGCACGCUGUCAUGGUGUGCAUCGACCUGGUGGCCCAGGGGCAGGGCCGUGGCUCCUGUGACCUCAGACGCCACCCGGCUUGCUCCUUCGCCCCGGCUACCGCCGCCCAGGGUGCACGUGCUGGCAGCGUGCGCAAGCUGGAUGAGGAUGAGGAUGGUCUGCCCUACGUGUGCACCGGCUACGACCUGUAUGUUACCCGCGAGCCCUGCGUCAUGUGCGCCAUGGCCCUCGUCCACGCCCGCAUCCAGCGCGUCUUCUAUGGGGCGCCCUCGCCCGAUGGCGCCCUGGGCACGCGCUUCCGUGUCCACGCGCGGCCAGACCUCAACCACCGCUUCCAGGUGUUCCGCGGCAUCCUCGAGGACCAGUGCUGCCAGCUGGACCCCGACCCGUAGGCCUGGUGACCUUCCACUUCCAGACUGUUCUCUGCUCCUGGCCAGCCCGCAUCCCCCGCAGCUCCAUGGCCUUGGACCCUGGGGGCCCCCCACUCUCCGUGUCUAAGGACACUGACCACCUGGGUCAGCAUGUGGGGCGCCCUCAGCCCCGAGACAGCGGCCUCCUCUGCCGGCUGCGGCAGCCGUGGGACUCAGCUCUGCGUACAAGCCCAGUGGCUGUCCUACAGUCCCCGCGGUCCUCCAGGCUCGGGGCAGCCAUCGUGUGUGUGAAAAUAAAGCGCCUCAAACCAA